GACGUCCUCUUCUUCUCUUCUGCUCCGAGCGCCUUCAGGGAAACAAGGCCUCUGAAGCUUUUCAACGAGUCGCUGGAUGCGUCACAGAGGGAGGCCGUCUCCUUCGCGCUGACACAGAGGGAGCUCGCCAUCGUCCAUGGACCGCCUGGCACAGGGAAGACCACAACGCUGGUGGAGAUCAUCUUGCAAGCGGUCCAGCAAGGCCUGAAGGUCCUGUGCUGUGCCCCAUCCAACGUGGCUGUGGACAACCUGGUGGAAAGGCUGGCCGGGCACAGGGCCCGCAUCCUGCGGCUGGGGCACCCCGCGCGCCUGCUGGAGCCCAUCCAGCAGCACUCCCUGGAUGCCGUCCUGGCCCACAGUGACAACGCCCAGAUAGUGGCAGACAUCAGGAAGGACAUCGACCAGGCCUUCGCAAAAAGCAAAAAGGCUCAGGACAAGGGAGAGCGGAGCCAUUUUCUCAGUGAGAUUAAGGCACUGAGAAAGGAGCUGAAAGAACGAGAGGAGACGGCCAUGGUUGCAGCCCUCACCCACGCCAGCGUCGUCCUUGCUACAAACACAGGUGCAUCCUCAGAGGGCCCGCUGAAGCUGCUUCCCGAGGAGCACUUCGGUCUGGUGGUGAUCGACGAGUGUGCGCAGGCGCUGGAGGCCAGCUGCUGGGUGCCUCUGCUCAGGGCCCCCAAGUGUGUCCUGGCUGGGGAUCACAAGCAGCUCCCCCCCACCAUCAUCUCCCACAAGGCUGCUGCCAAGGGCCUUUCCCUCAGCCUGAUGGAGCGUCUCAUCGAGGGCUACGGGGAGCAGGUGGUGAGGAUGCUGAGGGUGCAGUACCGCAUGCACCAGGCCAUCAUGCAGUGGGCGUCCGAGGAGCUGUACGGCGGCCGGCUCGCUGCACACCCCUCCGUGGCACAGCACUUGCUCAGGGACCUGCCGGGCGUCACCUCUACGGAAGAGACGACAAUCCCCCUGUUGCUGAUAGACACUGCUGGCUGCGGCCUCUUGGAGCUGGACGUGGAAGAUGAGCAGUCCAAGGGGAACCCAGGCGAGGUGCAGCUGACCCAUCUGCACGUCCAGGCCCUGGUGGAAGCCGGGGUGAAGGCACGGGACAUCGCUGUCAUAGCCCCCUACAACCUCCAGGUGGACAUGCUUAGAGAGGACCUUUGCCACAGGUACCCAGAGCUAGAAAUUAAGUCAGUUGAUGGUUUCCAGGGAAGAGAGAAGGAGGCAGUGAUCCUGUCCCUCGUGAGAUCCAACAGGAAAGGUGAGGUGGGCUUUCUUGCCGAAGACCGGCGGAUGAACGUAGCGGUGACCCGUGCCCGGCGCCACGUGGCCAUCAUCUGUGACACCCGCACCGUCAGCAGCCAGGCCUUCCUGAAGAGGCUGGUGGACUACUUCAGCCAGCAUGGGGAGGUCCGCACGGCCUUCGAGUACCUCGACAGCAUCGUGCCCCAAAACUACGCUCAGGAGGGCCGGGGGGAGCGGCAGCAGGGGACAAAGCUCCCUCCACCAUCAGGCCCCAAGCCCCAGCCGCCCCCGGGGAGGAAACCCAAAGCAGGAGGAACCAAACCGGAGCGUCAGAAGCCAGAAGCGGCGCGUUCCUCCCCAGACACGAGCGGACCUGGGGGAGAGAGCCCAGGGAAGAAGGAGGAUGCUGACAGGUUCAGGGCCAUGCUGGUGGCCUUCCUGGAGAGCAGUGAGACGCGGCUGGAUUUCCCCCCAUCCCUCAGUUCUCACGACCGGCUGCUGGUUCACCAAAUGUCAGAGGAGCUGGGGCUGCAGCACCUCAGCAGCGGGGAGGGCAGGCUCCGGUUCAUCAGCGUUCGCAAGAAAGAGCCUCCCCAGCCUUCGCCCCCCACCGCCGCUCCCCCUGGCCAGCAGCUCCCCCUUCCUCAGCAUCCCAGCGGGGAAAAUCCUGUCCCCGCCGAGCCCAGGGGACACAGCGAGGGCUCAGGGACAGUGGACCUGAAAACCCUGCACCUGGAGAGGGUUCAGAGGGAGAAAGCCCUGCGGGAGGAGGAGGUGAGGAAGGCUCAGGAGCCCAGAGCCGGCCCUCAGGGCAACAGCAGGAAAAAAGACAAAAGCGAAGCCAAAGGAAAGCCAGCGGUGAAGCCCGGAGCGGGCAGCGCGGCAGAGGAGGACAUCGAUGCUCUCAUCUCUGCGGCCGUCAAAGCUGACAGCACCUGCGGCUUCCCCCGCUGCAAAGCCAGCGUCACAGCCCUGGGACAGCUCUGCCACCUCUGCAACAGGCGCUUCUGCCUCAGCCACCACGUCCCAGAGGUCCAUGGCUGCGGGGACAGGGCCCGGGCCCAGGCGCGGCAGAGGAUCAGCCGGGAAGGGCUUCUCCAUCCCGGGAGCGGCUCCAAGGACACGGCCCUGGACCCGGCCAGGAGAGCCCAGCUCCAGCGGCGCCUGGACAAGAAGCUGAGCGAGCUGACGGGCCAGAGGAAGGGCAAGAAGAGAGACAAGGAGAAGUGAAGGAUCAUGGAUACUUCUCUUUUCAACCUGGACGUCACAGGUCAGACUACGCAAAGCGAAGAUGCUGCUAAAGCUGCAGGGCCCUGGGGAGCCCGAGAGGGACACGGGUGCCCUGGGUUCUGGGGGGCAGACAGCUCGGAGCCAGCGGCCCAAAAAAACAGUCGCUGGGUCUCCCUAAACCACGGAGCCGAGGCGGAGGAGGGAGAGCAGCUUUAUUUGUCCCAGUCAUCCUUAUUGACAGAGUGAUGGAUGUGCAGGGAGGCCAGAGAAUGCCAGGAAGGACGGAUAUUAAACCACCUGAAGCAA